AUGGUCAUCGUCGCCUGUCCCAACUCCUCCCUCGUCGACGUGCACAUCCAUCCCGACCGAGCUCCCUCCUCCUCCACCUCGUCCUCAAAACACGACUAUGCCUCCGCCUACUCCCGCAUCCGCUCAUCGGCACGUUCUGCAGGCCCCGGCGUAUCCAGCGUGCUCAUCCUCUCCUCUCCCGACGUAGACUCGGUGUGCGCCACACGCAUCCUCACAUCCCUGCUGCUGCAAGACGACAUCCCGCAUCGCAUCGUUCCCGUCGAAGGGUACAGAUCUCUACUUCAUACGCUGUCGAGCGUAUUUCCCCCACUCGACGACUCCGAGGACGUCGGGCAAGCUGCGCCAAGUACCGACGUGAGGUCGGUCAUCUUUCUCAACCUCGGCGCCGUGUUGAGCGUGCCUACGACGUUCAACAUCCCCGCCAGCUGUACAGUCCAUGUCAUCGAUUCGCAUCGACCGUGGAACCUGGAGAACCUCUUCGCGACGAGUCACGCCAACGACAGGGUAUGGUGUUGGGACGAUGGGGAGGUGGCCGCCAAGUUGUGCAGGCAGGGUGGCGAGAGGGAUGCGUUUGAGAAGCUCGAGUUUGACGUCGAUUCGGAUUCCGAGGAUGACUCUGCAUCGGACGACGACAACGACGACGGUGGGAGCGAGUCCGACGAUGCUGUUUCGACGGGGGAUAAGCGCAAACGUUCUUCCCGUUCACCGAAACGACGCGACCGUCGGCAUCGUUCCAACUCUCCAGCAACACGACUCACCAACGCCGAACGUCAUCGAUACCGAACCGUCCUGACGCGCUACUACAGUCGCGGCGAGAGCUUCGGCAUGUCCGUCUCGUCGAUGCUCUACCUGCUCUGCGAAUCGCUCGGUCGCGCCGACCGCGAGUCGCUCUGGCUGGCCAUCGUCGGUCUCACCUCGCUCUACCUCUCCAACAGCAUCGACUCGGAGACCUACGAGACCUACUCGGCAGCCUACGCAUCCGAGGUCAUCGCCAUCGAGCCCACCUCUUCCCACGCGCCCACGGAAGCCUGGUCGAUCGACCUGCUCAACAAGCCCACAACGGAAGACGACGAAGGCGGUGUGAGGAAGACGAGCGCAGCCUCGAGGGCUAACGAUCGAGCGCUGCGGAGCGGCAUCUCCUCCAACACGAAAUCCGAAGAUGCGGACGAUCGAUCCAUCCGCAUCAUCCCCAACGAGCUCAGAUUCGCGCUCUAUCGACACUGGAGCUUGGAGACUGCCAUGUACCACACCGCCUACGUAGCCGCCAAGUUGGGCAUAUGGAGGGAACGUGGACUCUCCAAGCUCCGCGGGUUGAUGGCCAAGAUGGGCUUCUCGCUCACCGCCGUGCGCCAAAACUACACGCACAUGCCGUUGGAUCUGAGGCGCAGUCUGGUGCGAAAAUUGCAGGCCAUCGCACCCGAGUACGGGUUGACGCAGUUGACCUACCGCGGGUUCGAGAGGAGUCUAGGGUUUCGGACCGCACCGUUGGGGGCGGCGGAUGUGGUGGAAGGGGUGAGCGCUUUGUUGGUGGCGGCGCAUGGGGUCAAGAUCGAGGUGGAGACGCCAGGGAUGGUGUUCGCCUCGGCUUCGGCGGGUGCUCCGUUGGGCAACAGUUUUGCGGCGAACCUCAACCCAGCUAAUCCGCACGCUCAGACGUCAGAGCUGUUUGCCACCAAGCGCGUCUGGAACCUCGGAACGGCUCUGACGGAUUCCAUCACUUCCGCCAUCGCUGCGGCCACGUCGAAUGCUACCAACAAGGAUCAGGCGGGCGCAAAUGGUGGGUUGGAUAUCGAGGUUUCCACGCAAUCGACAAACGCUCCUGCCAGUGCGGAGGAUCUGGCGCUGCUGGAGCAGGCCGAGAGACGGGUAGCAACGACCAACUUUUACGAGGCCUACCGUGCGCUCGACUUUACGCGGUCUACGUCGGUGGAUCUGCUGCGAUCUUCGUUGCUGCUCUCGCAGGCCUUGCAUCGCAAGAUCGUCGCACGAGGGAUCGGUUUGAUCACCAAUCAGAGCAUUCGAACACUCAAGAACUUCCGCCUUGCCAUUCUCAAAGACGGGGCGGAUCUGGAGCUCUUCACCCACGUCGAGGUUCUCUCUCGACUGGCAGAGUGGCUCACCACAAGUCUGCGCGAUAUCAUCGUUGAACAGCAGACAGCUGCUGCUGCUGCUGCCAGGAAAAAGUCUGCGGCGGGAUCAGCGUAUGCGCCGCUUCCGUUUAUACUGGCGGCAUUGCAUCCGGCGAAAGAUAGUUUCUUGGUAUUGGGUUCGACUGGAAGUGCAGUGGAGGGGAUGGUGGAGAACAACCAUUUUACGAGUGCCUUCCAGCAUGCGGCGAAGAUGAGCGGAGCCAGGGUUAGACACGAUCGUUUCCAGACUUUCAGCAUUCAGGUGAGGAAGUCGGAUCUUGCUGGGUUUGUAGAGAAGGUUCAUCUCAAGAUCAAGUAG